AUGCUUUCUUGGAAUAUCAGAGGAACUGGUAGGCAGGAAAAGAGGGGGAAAAUAAGGAUUAUUCUGAAGGAAAGAAAUGUAGAUGUACCUUUUUUUCAAGAAACUAAAAAAUCUGUAGUAGCUGAUAAGGAUGUGAGAGCAUUGUGGGCUAGAAACAAAAUGGAGUACACUACUGUGGACUCUGAAGGCUUAGCUGGGGGACUUCUUUGUAUAUGGGAUCCGGAGGUUUUUCAACUUAAGGACUGCUGUUGCACUAGAAGAUUCAUCAUCCUCUCUGGUACUCUCUUUAAUUCUUUUGACUGUGUACUACUUAAUAUUUAUGCUCCUAAUGAGGUGGGAAAUAGGGCCAAACUGUGGGAUUGCUUAUUAAAGCUAAAAAGGGAGUUUCCUAAUCCAUGGUGUUUAUGUGAAGAUUUCAAUGAGAUAAAAAGUGUAGGUGAAAGGAAGGGUUUCUUUAGAAAAGAUAAAGGCAUGAGAGAGUUCAAUGAAUUUAUUGAACAAUGUGAAGUUAAUGAUAUACCAUUACUUGGCAGAAAAUAUACCUGGUAUAACUCAAUAGUGGGGGAUAAAUGGAGUAGAAUUGAUAGGGUGUUAGUGGAUCCCAAAUGGUUGGAGGUGUUUAAUUUAAAGCUUUGGGGUCUUCCUAGGCUCAUAUCUGAUCAUUGUCCUCUGUUGCUGAUGGAGAAUGAAAGAGAUUGGGGUCCUAAGCCUUUCAGAAUCAUUAAUGCUUGGAAGUUAAAGGCAUGGCAUAAAGAGGUUUUUGGUAGUGUGGUUGUGAAGUUGAAGGAAACUGAAGAGGAACUGCACUUUCUGGACUUAGCUGCUGAAUCCAGAGAUUUGGAUGAGGCAGAAAAAGCAAGAAGUAGAAUAGUCAGAGAUCAGGGUAAGCAAAGUAGAAAUGCGAUCUCUUCCAUUUCUGUCGAGGCUUCUGUGUUGGAAGAUCUUACUCAGAUUAGGAAAGAAGUCUUUGACCACUUUAGCAAGCAGUACACAGAGGAUUGGAGAGUUAGACCUAAGCUAGGUGGCCAAUUUAAAUCAGUCCAAGAUUGUCCUGGUUUUGAUAGGUUGGAAGCAGAUUUUUCAGAGGAAGAAAUUAGGGCUGUUGUGAAGGAUUGUGAUGGUAACAAGGCCCCUGGACCAGAUGGCUUUAACUUGGCUUAUUUUCAAAAAAUUUGGCUGUUGAUGAAAGCUGAUUUACUGAAGUUUUUUAAGGAAUUUCAUAGGCAUGAAAGGUUAGUGUUGGGUCUUAAUAGCUCAUUUAUUUCACUAAUCCCUAAGGUUGAAAAUCCAGUGGGGCUUGGAGACUAUAGACCUAUCAGCCUAGUGGGUUCAAUAUACAAAGUCCUUGCAAAAGUUUUUUCUAGUAGGCUAAAAAGAGUGCUUCCUCAUAUCAUCAGCGAUUCUCAAUCAGCCUUCAUGGGUGGAAGAAACAUUCUGAAUGGUGUGCUAAUUGCAAAUGAGGUGGUUGAUGGCUGGAGAAAGACCAAAAAGAGAGGUCUGAUUAUCAAGCUUGAUUUUGAAAAGGCUUUUGAUUCUGUUAAUUGGUGUUUCUUAUCAUCCAUGCUCCUCAAUUUUAGGUUUGGUGCAAAAUGGAUUAGAUGGUUAAAAGAAUCUGUCAGUACAGCAAAACUCUCUGUGUUGGUAAAUGGUUCUCCAACUGAGGAAUUUUUCCCUCAGAAGGGCCUAAGGCAAGGUGACCCCCUGUCUCCUUUUCUGUUUAAUGUAGCAGCUGAGGGUCUUAAUAUUCUUUUGUCAAGAGCACAGCAGUUGGACUUGAUUAAAGGAGUGACGAUUGGUUCGAAUGGGGUGCUGUUAUCACAUUUACAAUUUGCAGAUGAUUCCAUAUUAUUCUGUGAAGCUAAGGAGAUGGAGGUGAGUAAUAUUAAGAGAGUCUUAAGGUGCUUUGAACUGAUUUCAAGGCUGAAAAUAAAUUAUCAUAAAAUUCAGGUGUGCGGUAUUAAUGUUCCUGAAGAAUCCUUAUCUAGUUUUGCCUCAAAGCUGCAUUGUAAAUCUAAGGCACUUCCUCUUAAGUAUUUGGGUUUGCCUUUGGGGGCCAAUCCAAAUAAGAUGGCAACUUGGAAACCAGUUCUUGAUAAAAUCAAAAUUCGACAAGCAUGUUGGAAAAGAAAACUGCUAUCAUUUUCAGGUAGGCUCACUCUAAUUAAGGCUGUAACCUUUGCCUUGCCUAUGUAUUAUCUAUCUCUUUUUAAAAUGCUAGUGAGAGUUGCAAGAGAAUGUGAGAAGCUACAAGCUGCUUUUCUCUGGGGUGGGUGGGGGUCUAGAAAACCAAUCUACCUGGUUAAAUGGAAUGAUGUAGCAAAGAGUGUGAAUCAAGGGGGCUUGGGCAUAAGAAGAAUAAGGCUGGUUAAUGAUUGCUUGUUAUUAAAAUGGUGGUGGAGAUUUGCCAAAGAGAAAGAUGCUUUGUGGAGACAGAUCAUUUGCAGCAAAUAUAAACUGGAUGUUAAAAGCUGGUGUCCCUCUUCUAUUUCUAACAACAGUUAUUCUGGUGUGUGGAAAGGUAUCAUCUCCAUAGCGGAGAGGAGUGGUAAUCUGAUGUUGCUCUAUCACAACAAUUUUCUUGUUCAGGUAGGAGAUGGGAAAAGAAUUAUCUUCUGGAAGGAUAGAUGGUGCUCCAAUAGUUGCUUGAAAGAUGAAUUCCCUACUCUCUACAGAUUAGUGAUGGAGAAUGAGGUAACUUUGCGUGUAAUGCAUGAUAGGAGGGUUGCAACAGGGGAUUGGAGCCUUCUUUUUAGAAGAAGGCAGUAUGACUGGGAAGAGACGGAAGUCAGUAGUCUCAAGGUGCUUUUGAUGUCUGGCUCAAAUUGUUGUGAUAAUCUGGAGGACAAACCAGUCUGGUUGGCUGAAGGCUCUGGUAUGUUUUCCAUCUCAUCUGCCUUUAGGAGUGAAGUUGUCUCCCUUGGCCCCUCUCUUAUUACUAGCAAGUUAGUUUGGAACAAUCUCACACCCCCAAAGGUCCAUUUUUUUUGCUGGUUAGCAUGGAAAAACAUUGUAAAGUCAGCAGACUUUCUUCAGAAAAUUGGAGUCCUUCAAACUUCUUCACCAGUUCUUUGUGCUUUCUGCAAAACUGUGGCUGAGUCUAACUGCCAUGUGCUGUUGCACUGCCAAUUUUCCUGGAGGGUUUGGUCUGCAAUGUUGAAUUGGUGGGACGUGCUAGGAGCCCUACCCGGAUCUGUGGAAGAUGUUCUUCACUGGUGGGAAGGUGUGAAGCUGAGCAAGAAAGAAAAAUUGCUUUGGAAAGUCAUUCCCUCAACGGUCUUUUGGUCUCUGUGGAAGCUGCGAAAUGAGUGUAUUUUUCAGGCUGCUAAACCUCACUUGAAGGACCUGUGUGAGUUAAUUAAAAUCAGAGUGGCAUUGUGGUUGAACCAGAGAUUCAAGGGCUUUAACUUCACUGUCCAGGACUUCUUGACCAAUUUAAGACAAAUCAGUUCUAUGGCUUCUGCUGUUCUGGGUUAA